CUGUCACAGUGAUAUUCAUUCAGAGAGUUGAAACAAUUCCUUGAUUUUCAAAGAAGAGAAAGGUCCUUGGGUGAGAAUUGAGAUGGAGCUUCCAAAUGAAAGUGAGGCAAGAACCUACAGGCUCCCAAUUGGGUUCUGUUUUGAUCCCUCAGAUGAAGUUCUCACAGGCUAUUACCUUCGGAAGAAGAUAUUAUCUCAACCACUUCCCCAUAACUUCAUACCAGAGUGUGAUGUUUUCCAAACUGAACCAUGGAGGCUUCAAGGAGGGGGAAGGCAUUUGAAUUGGCAGAAAUAUUUCUUCUAUGAUCCCAAGGACCGUGUGUUUGAAAACACGGUCAAGAUAGGUGCUGGAAAUGGGGAAUGGAGGGCGGUGGAAAGAGGCGAGCAAAUAGAGCUUUCUAGCAUACAGAUGAUUGCUCAAAGGAACACUUAUGUCUUCUGGGAAAGAAAUGACAACAACUUCAUAAGAUCAAACUGGGUGAUGAAAGAGUUUCACCUUGCUCUCAACUCUAAUCCAUCCUUGAGAUUUUGCAUGGGUGUGUAUCGGAUAUUCGAGAUGGAAGGAAGGAGGGCAAAAAAGCUGAGAAUGUCUGGAGAGGAGGCUUCAACAAGUGGCAAUGAUGGAGAAGCCAACGAUGUCACACCCACUAUCGGUGAUUUGACACAAGAGUAUGGUAGUGUGGCUAGUACUUCCCAAGUUGAGUGAAAACGGUGAAACUAACUAGUUAGGUAGGGUCAAUGUUGCUCGAAAACCUCCCAUGUGUGAGAAACCAUUUGGAAGCCCUAUAUGUACCAAAGAACGAUUGGGAUCAGCAUAGUAGUAGAGAGUUAGGAUAAUAUGCAUAGAAUUUUAAAUUAAGUAUUAGUAAUUAUGAUAGGUAAAAAGAUAUGCACACAAGAACUAUCAUCUUGUAUUGUAGUGUGCAUGAACUGGGUAUAUUGAAGUUUGUUUUGUAUGUGUCUCACCGUUUAUGUUUAUGUAGCAUGCUUUAUUAUUUAUUUAGUUUGUUCAAUUGAGAAU